CCGCCAUAUUGGAGAAAUGUUUGGAGACUCGUUUGAACUGAACUGACAGGUUGAAGGCUGCAGUCUAAUGAAAAAAGUACAAAAUGCCCUUACCCCCGGCGUUACAGGCUCGACUUGCUAAAAGAGGAAUAAUCCAAAAAGGUAAAAAAAUAUUGAUUGCAUGAUCUACAAAGGAACUUCGAGUCGACAGAGUGCCGAGAGUGGAGUUGAAAAGUUCACGCGUUAAAAAGCAACAGAUCUCAUCAUCAUCAUUCGUUGAGCUUGCUUAUUUAAGUAAUGUCGUUUGUUUUUACUAACUAGCUAGACACAGCAUUUGAUUGUUGACGUCAUGGUUAGCUGGUUAGUUCCUGGUUAUUAUUCACCCUAGCUAAGGGCUUUAAACUCUAGAACAGUUGCAAGCCCCACAAAAGGUGCGUAACGCUAUCCACUGAAAAAAAUUUCUAUUCAGUGAAUAGCACAGUAACUGUGCUAUUCACUGGAUAGAAAUUUAUCCAGUGGAUAGCGCUAGUUUCCCUAAUACCUAUCCGCUGGACAGAGAUUUAUCCAGUGGACAGCGUUAUCCAAUGUUUGAACAACUGAGAAGUAAAUUUACAGUCAUCAAUCUUCAUCAUAUCUAUCACCAGGGGCCCAUAAAAACUGUGUUGCCAUUUGCUUAUUGUAAUAGUUUUAAAUUCAUAAGAAAUGUAUGUGAAGAUUGAUUGAUUAGUAAGCUUAUCAUGAAAUACUGAAAUGGAUAGGUCAGUCUGGUUUGGGUGUUACGAAAACUAAGACCCUCAAAAACCUAGACCUAGACCUAGACCUAAGACCUAAGACCCGUCCUAGUUUUCGAGAUUACGAAAACUAAGACCCCUAAAUUUACCGUUAAAUUUGACCUAAAACUCGGUGGAAAGGAUCGAACAUGAUAUAAUUUGAUAGAUCAGACCUAUUUCGGUUACAAUUUGACUUUAUAUUUCGACGGAUUCGAUUUUAGGGGGUCUUAGUUUUCGUAAUCUCGAAAACUAAGACGGGUCUUAGGUCUUAGUUUUCGAGGGUCUUAGUUUUCGUAACCCCCGUCUGGUUUGAAACCAGUUUUUCCUAUUUUUGCUCAGUGUGCGCUGUCUUUGGUAAAAACUGCUGACUUAUGAUUUAGAUCUCAAAGGGUGUUAUCCACCACGAUCUGCAUAAUCCUGUAGACCAAACUUAGCCUCACCAGAUAACUGUUACAGUAACAAUUAAAUCUUCCCUGCAGUAUUCCACAGAUUUGAUCAACAUUCCGGUACAUUUGUUAUAAAUUUAAAACAAGCAAAUGGAAACAGUUUUUGUAGACCUCCUGUGCUUCUAUAACCUAGACACAGGGGUUUCAAUAAAAACUGAAGUAGCCAGCAAGUUUGAAUAGAGCACUCGACUGUAUCAACAAGGGGGCAUUAAUCAAGUGCCUCUAGAGGGGUCUGGGGGCAUGCUCCCUCUGAAAAUUUUGAAAUUUCAAAGCCCUAAAAUGGGAUUUCCAGUGUUCUGGGGACUCAAUUGAGUACAAAACAGUGUGUUCUUCAUUCAAGAAAAUGUAGCUUUCAUUCAGGUUCUGAUUAUCAGCAACACAACUUACAAGCAAUGAACAAAUGUACAUUUGAAUGAGGACAAAUUCUGUCUAAACCUCCAAAGAAAUGUGUGAAGAAUUGACUGUAAUACAGCAUUUGCUAACUAAAGCAUAACUCAAAACCAGUGGGCCUUUAUGUUUUCAUUCAGAUUUUAUGAUAUGUUAUUUGUUUACGACAUCAUAAGCACUCGUUGCUUCUUCUUUUGGGGAGAAAGGUAGCUGACUUCUCUGAGCAAAAUAACUGACGUGUUUCGUCGGUCGUUGGUGCUUAUUGAAACCCCUAUAGACACCUUCCUUAAAUGGAUGCCCAGAGUUUGUCUCUGCUAAUCUUUAGUCUGGUUCUUUAAAGAGGACACUUACUGCCGGUCGAAAAAGUGCCCGUCAUAGGAAGACUGGACUGCAAAUUCCGUAGAAUUUGCUUUUGCCUUGUAUACACGUAGAUAGCCAGUUUUAAGGCGAGUUAAUACAGCGACCAUUAAUUUUGUGAAAAUCUGCAAACUUGCUUGCAAGACCAAAAGUUAGUGGGUAGACAAAGGAGGCUUCCUUGGGUUGCUGCUAAUACAAUGUAAUUGCAUAAGCUUUUACGUUCCAAGGUUAUAACACAGUCACUAAAAUUCUGAUUGAUUAAAGUUUAGAAGCAGGUAAUAAGAAAUAAGAAAUACAUGUACUAAGCAGAUUAUGGCAGGUUUACUUGACUACCAAGUUCUCUUUUUAUCACUUUUGUUGUCAUUUUUCGUUGUUAGACAAAGAGAAAUCAGACGGUUCAUCACAAGUUACCGGAUCAGUUAAAGGAUGCCCAAACACAUCUAACCCAUACCACACGUGUGUUGAGUACUGUCGAAAAAGAUAUGGAGAGAAUGCAGUCCCUCCUCCACCAAAAGUAAGGAAAACCAAAAAAAAAAUACAUUUGGAGUUCCAUUAUAAAUAUUUAAGGCAAGAGAAAUAUCUGCAUAAUUUAUUCUUCAGAUCAUAGGAGCAUAUUUCAUUUAAAUUGCAUCAUACUUUAGAAACUAGCUGAAACAUGCGUAACUUGUCUUAUGUUAAGUUUCUGUUUUCAUUUGCCUUUUCCUUGGAAAAUUCAGCGUACAAAGGGAGGUUUAGUCCAGCAGAUAUUCCUCAAAUAACAGUUGUCAUCUGUUCUUGCUAAUGAAGUUUUAAGGCAGUAUCGCAUCUACAUGUAUUUCUUCUUUGCAAAGCACAUGAAAUUCCACCAUUUCCGCCAACUAACGUCUUCUAAAAUUGGUUAAGGCUAGCUGGUCAUGUAGAAUUAGCUGGAUUAUUAUUUCGAGCCAAACAGAAAUGGGAAAAUAUUCUGAGCGGACAAUAAUAACCCUUUAGUUAACUUAACGUACUUUAUCUUGCAUCUUGAGGUAAUACUGGCAGUAAUGAUGUUUUUAGUGACAAUAAUUUAGGUGUGCAAUAAUUUAGCUAUCUCAUACUCUCAUAUUAGUCAUUUUGGCCAUACCCCGGUAGUUACAGUCGAACCUCGAUUAUCCAGACCUCGAUUAUCCAGACUUUUCGAUUAUCCAGACUUGUUUCCCUGGUCUUGUUUUUUUCAUGAAUAUUAAUAAUAUGUGAUCUUUAAAAAUUGAAAUGAUUAAAAGUUUUUUAAUCCUUCAAAAUGUGUGUUAAGGGCACUGUUUUUAAUCUGUUUCGCUUUGAAAAAGUGCGAGAGGCACAAGAUGAACAAUUAUUCUGACUGAUGCAUUCAGCUGAAUUCUGAUUGGCUGAAUUGUUGUGUUGCUAAGGAAAUGUCAUACUUGAUUCUCUGUGGGUUACAUAAUCACAAGACCAAUCGAUCGUAAACUCAAAUCACAGCCAUGUCUACAAAACACAAGCAGUCUGUUCUCUAAAUAAAGGAUAUGCAAACGAUUAUUUCACAUUUGGAGAAUGGAGAAAAAGAACAAAUUAAUUUAGCACUUGAGUUAAAAAUCAGCAAGUAGCAGAUCAGAGAUAUAAGCAAAAACAAAGAGAAGAUCCUGAAAUUCACCAACAGCAUCGAGAUGAGCGAUGGAUUGAAAUGAAAGUCCCUGACGGUUGCCAAUGAUGAGCAGCUGGAUAAAGCAAUAUUGACUCUACCCAAAUAAUGCAGCUUUGACGAAUGAUAGACUCUGCUAUGCAAUCAUGGUAAUUCGUUAAAAUAGACUACAGCAUAGUAUGCUUGAACAUUUUAGAGUGCUGUAAAUGCACGAACAUUUGAAACAGUGCCUUUUUUGUAAAUACGUAACAUACAGACCGUACGUAAAUGCAAGUGGAGCUAAUUCAAAAUUGAAUUUUGUUUUCUUUAUUCCCUAUUUUUACAUUAAUGUCUCAUUAUAUUUGUAUUUUCGUUACCGGGACUCUGGAUUAUUUGGACUAUUUACUCAAGUCUCAACUGUCCUGAUUAUCAAGAUUCAACCGUAAAGGCUUUCAAUUGCUUGCUUCAACAUACAGUAUAUACAAGUAGUAUUCCUGUCAUGGGUGCUUCAUGUUAAAUCAAGUCAAGGUAAAAGGCCAAGGAGGUUUAAAUGGCCUGGAGUUUGCUAUGGUUUCUAUCGUAUGAAACACCUGGGAGAAUUACCCAUUUGUAAGACCCCUACGGCAGUUAGAGUAAACACAAAGGAGGCUCAUUAGCGGUGUUGAUAAGUGCAUAAGCCUUUAAGUGCCAAGAUUAUAACACAGUAACUUAAAUGGCUGAUGCUUGCUGUGGUUUUUGUAGCAUGAAACAGCUUUGAGAAUUCCUACCCAUCUUAUAGGUUUACCUUUUAUGCCCCAUGGUGCUAAAAGACAGUAUUAUUUUAAAGAAGCAAAUCUUCUUGUCUAAGAAAACAAUGCAAGGGUGUAAAAGCAAAAGCACAACUACACUGAAACACUUGAACCUGGUCCUCCAGAGGAGCAGGGCCUAGUUUGAUACAUUAAUUACCAGUUUUAGAAUCCAGAACACCAUGGCUUAUUCCCUACUGAGGUAUUGCUUUAUAGCAGGUAUUAGUCUUGUCUUUAACUGCACAUGUCAGUAUUCUUCUUUUGUUGUUGCAGGACUACAAUACUGUUCCCCUACCUGUUGGGUGGUAUCUAGUGCCAGACCCUAACAGGCAAGUGCACACUGUAGAAGAAUUUUUGUUAAUGUAUGAAGUACAAAAUGUAGGAAGAGGGUGUCUCAUCAUUGUUUUGCAUAACUCAUUAAUUUUUUGUUUGAAUAUAAAGAAAAAACAAAGCAAAUUACCACCUGACUUUAAAGGAGGCUUGGAAGUUUGAAAAAAAAAUACCAUAAAAGCCGUGCACACUUAAGCUUUUUGUUUAAUAAAAUAGAUAAUAAUUAUUGUUAAUUUGAGAGACUCAGAGGUAACAUACACUUGAGGUAUGAUUAUAAGAGAUAAAAGACCUAAGCUAAACACUCAAGCAGACUCCAUCCAUGAGAAACUCUUUUUAAUUGUCGUUUGUGCAUUUUCACACUUAAAUUUACAUGUACUUUUCACACUUUCUUUUUCUAAAAAUAUUUCCACAAAUCAUGUUAAUCUCUUAUCUGUUGACAGUGAUGACAUGAAGCCAUCGAAACAAGUUUCUUUUCUUUUUAUUAUUAAGAGCUGUUUCUACCAACUUGAUAGGCAGCAAGCAAAGGUGGUCUACAAACCUCAGCAGUGCCUUUUUUUGUCAAUCCACCGCUCAGUGUCAAUGCAAAUUCAGUUUUAUAGAUGUGUUGUAAAUACUUUAAGGUGCUGCAAGUUUGAUUGCCUACUUUAUUAUCUUGAGUAAAAUGUAGAUCCCAUUGGGUGAAAGUCAAGUGCAUUUCAAAAUUUUGUCGGAGAUUGUACCUCAGGGAGUUAAAGUGUUUAUACUUGUCUAGACUAAACUUUUUUGUGUGGUUGUUUCUUUUAUCACCUCUGUUUUUAAAAUAUGGUUUCUAAACUCACUCAUUGAUCCCUAGUGUUGUCUGUGAUAGAACCUGUAUCCUCAGUUGUCCAUCAUGGUACCAAGCAGCUGCUAUGCUGUCUAAUCAUGGGCAUCCAUGUCUCUGGAUUCUUAAUUCUGUUCUCUCUACUGAACUUAUGUGGAUAGCCACUAUCUAAGUACUAGUGAGGGUCUCUGUCAAUAAGCUUACAUGUAACAUCAUCCCAUUUAGCAAAAUAGUGCCUGGCCUUACAUGUAUUAGCAUGUUAUCAGUGCUUCUAAGUUUUUUGGUAAUUCAAAGAAUAGUAUUUUAAGAUGGCUUAGCUUGUGUAUUUGUGAAAUCAGUACCCUCACUAUGAUUUCUUCAUGAUGACAACCAAACUAAGCAAGAAUCAAAAUAUACCCAACAUUAUCAGGAUACAGCUGUAGAAACACCUAAAACUGAAUUUUCAAAAUUGUGUGAUUCUAUUUCUUUUGUUGGUCAACUGUGCUUAUGAAUGUAAGUUACAUGAGAUAAUAAGAAAUAGAAAUAUUCACAUUUCCUCCCUUUUGCAGCGGUGCAAAUUAUUACUGGAACACAAUAACAAAUCAAGUAUCUUGGCAUCACCCACUCAGUAAGUAGAAAAACUAAAUCAAAAGCUUUAAUGAAGUGUUAACCCCAUAUGUAUCAACAAUGGUCUCUAUUCAUUUGGUUAAAGAGAAUUUGUGAGAUUAGUUGAUAGAGCUGAGUUUUAGUGCCAAUAGUCACUAGAACGAUUAGACACUUUAAUGAAGGUUAUGUAAUGUGUAUUUAUGUAUGUAUGUAAGUAUGUAUGUAAGUAUGUAUGUAUGUAUGUAUGUAUGUAUGUAUAGAGCUCUUUGGUAAUUGACCACUCCAGAAAAUACCAUAACACACCAUAAUGCUCUUUGUUUGUCACGCCAAAAUUUUGCAUAAGCAUUGUUUUCAAUUUCUCUUGGGAGUUAAAUGGCCCCAAGAGAAACUGAAAACAAUACUUAUGCAAAAUUUGGGGUGACAAAGAAGGAGCAUUAUGGUACAGCUGUAUGUUAUGGUAUUUUCUGGAGUGGUCAAUUAUGCUGGUACAGUGGAACCUCAAUAUACCUCGAAGUCCUGGGUAUGGUGAAUGAGUUUGAUUACCUCAGUAAUAGUAAAAUAAUUUAUAUGGAAAAGAACCUCGCGGAAUUUAGAGAUUUGUUUCUACAAAGGAAUUCAGGCCGCAGAAGAAAUGAGAACAUCAUUCUUCCAAGACCAGAAACAAAUUUUAUCAGGAACUCCAUACGCGUUAGAGGAGCAAUCACAUGGAACAGCUUAAUGAACAAGGAAACAAGGGCUAAAACCUUGAAAGAAUUUAAACGCUGUCUUGUAAAAUUUGAUACUGAUAAAAUGAAUUUCGUACCUCUUUUAGCUACAGCUAAAAAUAGAGAUUUUGGUUAUGAAUACUUUUAACAGUUUUAAUUUCUGAUUGUACAUUUUCACAACCUAUUAAUUUUAGCUACAACUAACAACUGAAAUAUCAGUUACAAACAUUUUUAACAGUUUUCAAUUUUUAAUCGUACAUUUGCUUUCAGUACUCCUUAUUUUUCUUGUAAUUGUUGUAUGCACGACCCCACCAGCAAUGCUGAUCUUUUUAUCGUGCUAAAAUAAAGUUCUUACCUAUAAUUAAAUUCAUUAUAUAGAACAAAUUGGACCAUAGGCACUUUGAUAUAUUGAGGUUUCACUGUAUUUUGUAAAUUAUAUUGGAUGUAAUCAUUAGGGAUUAGAGAACUUAAAUCCUGCUAAUGGUCCUCAAACCUUCUGAACUGUGGCCUGGGUUUUUUUUCCUCAAAUUUUGUUACUUAAGUUCAAGUUCAAAUUCAUUUAUUCACACUUAUUCAAUUACAAUUCAACAACAAUAAGAAAAGAUGAAGAAGUAAAAACAGAGCUACCUAUACAUUGAAUUAACCAUAACAAAGGAAAAGGUGUGUGGCGGCCAAAGGAGCCAAGCUUUCAGUCAUGAUAAGCUGACUGGUCGCCUUGAGUCUGAUUUGGGAAUAACUGACAAGGUGCUUGAUUACAAUUAAAAUUUGUCUUUGUGUUCUUAGCGCUAAAAUGUUUGAAAAUCCAGACGUUUCAGGACUACUGUCCCUUCAUCGGUGGAAGAUGCCGUUACACUGAACGCGCGUCAUUUUAUUCAAAUGUGGCAACAUUUGAAGCGCGCUCUGGAAGAGUCAAUGUUUGUGCCGCGCGGCUGUAGAAUUUUGCAUUUAAAAAUUAGGCGGCCCUCCGCUCUACGUCUGUCCCUGGUGUUGUGAAGACCCGCUCGCACAACAGCUACCAUCAUAUCAUCUGUUGUGUGACCGGGGGAGGAAAAAUGUUUAGUAACGGGUAGGUCAGCUUUCUUUGAGACAGAUCUGAGGUGUUCGCAGAACCUGUCCCCAAGCCUACGUCCGGUUUCGCCAACGUACGACAGAGUGCAUGCCCAACAAGUUAUGAGGUUACUUGUCGUGCAUGAGAACCUCUGCCGUAUGGUCAGAGGUCCACCGGGGGUGUUGAUCUGGGAGGCUGGGUUGGUAUGGGCACAGGUCUUGCAUCGUGGACGACGGUAGGGAAAAGUUCCAUUUGGUUCAUCCUCUUUGUUUGCGCGGGAUUGAAGGUUGCUACUGACCAAGGAAUCACGCAGGUUGGUGUCGCGGCGGUACGCGCCGAGUACUCGCGAGUUAUCAAACAGUUCCUUAGUUUCAGGGUCAGAUUUUAAAAGGUCGAAGUUUCUUGACAGGAUGUUCUUUACAUGGUGGUUGAUGGGGUUGUAUGUUAAGGUUAAGGGGAUGACUUCUCUCUUGGAUUGUCCGUCGUUAGGUGGUCGUUAGGCUGUAUCUCGGGGGAUAGUGUCAACGUGUUGAAGGGCUCUAUCUACAACUGCUAGUGGAUAAUCACGUUGCGGGAUGAAUGAUGCCAUUUCUUUGCUUUUGGUCUUGUAGUCGUUCUCAUCACUGCAUAUUCGUUUGAGGCGCAGAAACUGGUUGUAGGGGACCGAGUUCUUGCAUCGGACGGGAUGUGACGAAGUGUAUGUGAGAUAUGAGUGUGAGUCGGUUUCUUUGUAGUGGAUGGAAGUAGUUAGUCCUUGGGGUGUUGGUUUCAGCAGGAGAUCUAGAAAAGGCAGUUGAUUGUCACUGAUGGCCCAAGUGACAAUGUGCUUGCGUGGUUUAAAUCGUAUCUAUCUGACCGGUUCAAGUGUGUCUCUGUAAAUGUUAGUCUCUCCAAUCAGUUUCCUUUAAAACAAGGUAAUUUUUUUGUCUUUAUUAAAUGUGCAAGUAAAAAUACAUACCUAUAUUUACAAGUUUAAUAUCAUUAGUUAAAAAGUAAAAGUAUAUUUAAAAUACAUUCUAUUAAUAAAACUAGCUUUAAAGCGUUCCGUGUUAAAACUCAGACGUUUUGAAGAUUCUUUAACUCUGGGCAACAAAUUGUACAGCUGGUGAGUAGGUAGGCAACUAAUCUUCUUGGAGAUUGACCUGUCUGUUUUUUCAAGCAAAUCGUAUAUAUCUGUAGCACAGGAUAUAUAACGGCGUUUAUGACAUCUGCGAAGGAACUGGUGCACAGUAUUAAGUUCAGGCACGGAGGCUGCAUACAGCUGUAAAACUAAAGACUGAAAUAAAUGAUCAAUUUUCACUUGGUUAUAUCCUUUUUCCCUUAAGCUCCUUAACUCUCCUUAGCUUCGGAGAGUUCUCGUUUAAUGUUUUUAAGGUGACCCUUAAGGUUCGUGUUUAGGCCCCUUGCUUUUCACCAUCUAGAUGCGCAAACUGUUUGCUACGCGGACGACACACAGUUGUAUGUAUCAUUCAGCCGUAAUCGAUCUACGGAUGCUGAUUUUGCCAUCAAGUCCAUGACUGACUCACUGUAUCAGUUAUAUUAAGAGUAGGAUGAUUUCAGAUAAUCUUAUGUUAAACGAUGAUAAAACAGAAUAUUUAAUCAUAGGCACUCGGCAGCAGCUGGCAAAGUUUAACAUCAAUUGCAUUAGGGUUGAGUCGACUGAUGUUUGUCCUGUAACAGUAGAGCUCUAGAAACCUACAUGUAGGCUCAUGGUUUGAUGAGCAGCUCACCACAGUGUAUGUCAACUCAUAUUGUGGCGUUGCCUUUUACCAUUUGCAUAACAUCAAGCGCAUUUGCAGGUAUUUGUCUCGAGAAUCAACGCCAGGAAUGCUUGUCCAUGCACUGAUUACAUCUCGUGUUGAUUAUUGAAACAGUCUUUUGUAUGGGCUGCCCAAAUACCAGCUUAACAAUUUGCAGAGACUUUGAACGCCCCAACAUGCACCUAGGUUUUGCCACAUCUCACCCCUUGUGCGUGGUCUGCAUUGGCUACCUGUUAAAGCCUAGAUACAAUUUAAGAUACUGCUUAUUACGUUUAAAGCAAUUCACGGCCUUACCCCCUAAACAUUUAUGCGAUUUACUAACAUUUAAAUCGUCUUUAUAUAACCUUAGAUCUUCAGGAAGUAUUUUACUUUCUAUGCCAGCUGUUCGAUCGAAGACUACGUUAGGUGACAGAGCUUUUAUGGUAGCAGAGCCAACGCUCUGGAACUCUCUUCCGAAAGACCUUCGUGCGAUUACUAAUGUGAACAGCUUUAAGGCGCAUAUCAAGACUUAUCUUUUUAGACCUGUAUAUUGGUGAUCAAUUUUAUAUUCAGUUACUUACUUGCAUGCAUAUAUAUUCUUUUUAUUGUUAUUUUUUUUAAUACAUUUUUUUGGUUGGUUUACUUGUAAAGUAAUGCAGUUGUAAAGCACAGCUGAUCAUUCUCAUGUUACGUUGUGCACAAUAAGUUCAUAAAUUAUUAUUAUUAUUAUUAAAGGUUAAUGUCAUAGGUAUCAUAAGCAUUACAUAAACUGCUACUUUUGUAGAUCCAGCAGCAGAAAUAACCACACCGGCAUCUGUGGUCAACAGUCAAAAAGGUAUGCUAUUUCAACUUGUGCACCUGCCUCAAAUAAGUGCCCCCCUCUCCUACCCUAGACUUUCUUCAACGUUAAGGCUAUUACAAGAAAAGCCCCUGCAAUUCCUUUUAUCUCUAUCUUGUCCAAUUUCUUUAAUUUCAACUACACUGGCACAUACAGGAGAAUGGUUUCUUCUCCAUGAAAUCAAUUCCAAUGGCUUUCACUUCUUUGGGCUUGAAGAGUUUCUUUUUAUGCAUUAUUCUUUAAUUUUUCGCUACGACUGCAUUCUUUUUGAAUGCCAAAACACUUGUCAGGCACUAUUGGACCAUUAUCUAUGUCGGCAAUAAAAUUAAAAAAUUCAAUUAAAAAAAUGUAUGUCGGCAAUUCAGCUUGUUUAUCCCGGGUAGUUGCAGUAAACUUCUUUUCAAAGCACAUGACACUAUAGCUUUGCCCUAGAGGUGUGUUCUGGAAAUACCUAGGAUGAAGUAAUCCGUGCUCAUGCUUUGAUAAAGCUCUCGAGAUGAAGAUAAGAUGCUUUAUUUUUCUGGGUGCUUCGCACCUCACUGUGGCGACUUCACUAUGACCCAUUAGCAAUUAGACAAGGACAAAUAACUUCUGGUUCCCAUUUUGACUUUUUCCCUUCAUUAUCGGAGUAAGUUGGUGCUUGAAGAAUUCCGCAUCAGACAGUUGACCUUGAUAGUAGAAUUUGCUGUUGGAAUGUUCACUUUCGUUGCUCAUUUUUGAAGCAAAAAAGUAGACCUCCAUGUAAUACGGUAAUAGAAUGGUCAUGGUAAUGGCGUGAGAAAUGACUGCUGCCAUGCAGGCUACUGUUUGCCCAGAAAGAACCUAUGGCUGAUAUUUGAAAUUAGAAAUUUGAAACAAAUAAUAAUUUGAAUGGAUCAUAACAUGGUUAAAAAUCCCUACUGGUAGGAGGCGAACCAGUUGGCUAUAUUUUACAAGUGUGGCCGAGGAUUUGAACGGACAACCGAGAACAAAUCCAGCUAGUGAUCAGGGCGGGACUUGAACUCCAGGCCUCCGAAUCACAAGUCCAGCGUGCUAACCACUCAGCCACUCUUCCUCCUUUUUCCGCUCGGUCACGCUGCCUAUUGAAACGGGUUUUGAAGUUCGUUUUUAUGCUCAUAUGCAUGCUAUGUAGGGCCAUACCAAGACAAAAAUUCUUAUUAAGGCAAUAUCGGAAAAAAAUAAUGUCAUUUCUUGUCCUAGCCGUAGUAUUUUUUAUAAGGCAUACACAGAAACUACAACAUUUAUGUGCCUCAGUUGACCCUCUCCCGACUACGGAGCUGACAGGAUAUGGCACAUUGUUUAACUAAUUACCAAGUGCGAUUACAACAGAAUAAUCUUUUCUCUGGUGACUUUAUGUUAGCCAAAAUUAUCUGAUUUAAAUGACAAUGCAUUAUUGCUUUGUUUUAAGACACUGAAGUUCAACCCAACAGAGAGAUCUUAGCCCCUCCUGGUGUGGAGUCUGAACAGGAUAAAGAGCAAGUACUAAGUAUUGGUAAACACCCUAGUCUAAUGAAGGUAAUGAACUAAACAGCUAGAAAUAUAAAGACCUAUAGUAGGAAGGAAAGCGUAAUGAAUUACCGAGGGUUUGUUUUAAAAUACAGUGUUUCAUUUAGUGAGUAAAUGAAAUAAAAUGACAUAAUUAUUUGUCUGUGUAACUCUGUAAGCUUACAUACAAACCUGAUAUGAACAUAUUCCUCUUGUUAUAUAGUAAUUCAUGAAAACAUGUUAUAUAUGUUUGCAGGUGAUGUAUUUAUGUGUGAUUUGUAUUUGAAUAUAGUUGCAAAACAACCAAGAACCUUUUAGUGUGGAUUUUAUCCCUGUCGUUGGGAACCAAAAUUCCUUGUUUCCGGUGUGAAGACAAUGGAAAUAUCACAUUGUUGUUGUUUUCUUUACUUUAGGGUAACACAUUGGUUUUAUUUCUUUACUCACAUUAUAUAUAUCAUUUCUUUCACGUCAUAUUUUGUUCUUUAAUACUUUAUUAGGAUAAUUAAUCUCACAUUGGUUUCAUUUCUUUACUUUAGGAUACUUAAUCUCACAUUGGUUAUAGUUCCUUACUUUAGGGUAAUUAAUUUGACAUUGGUAUUUUUUCUUUGCUUUAGGGAUCGCAAAAAAGAAAACAAGAGAAAGGUAGUGAUGAAUUGGUGCUCAUGUAAUACGAUUGGAAUAUUUUAAAAGCCGAGAAAGUGCUGCUAAUAAUAACUGUUGUUAGUAUAUACUAAAACAGUGGAUAGUGUUUUUCGCGCUCUCUGAUUGGGUGCUCAAUCAGUGAAUAUCCUGCAUUAUUCACUGAUUCACCUCCAGUUCCUCAGAGCGAGCGACGCCAAACUCGCGUAAGUUGCGAGCAAAAUGCCUUUCCGGUUUGCUGCCGUAACAAACAAAGAAAUUUGAAAACUAAUCAAGUAAGCUGUUCCCGAAAUAUACGAAGAAGGUGACGAAGUUCGGUUUGGAAGUUUUAAGAGGUAAAGCUUUGUCUUUUUGACUUGAAUUUAUCGAUAAAACCGGUGAAAAAGUCUUUUGUUUACAAAUGCAAAUUUCAAAAGUCUUGCGUUACUUUAUUUAGUUGACUUGUUCAUAAAUAAGCAUAAAACUAAAUUCAAUAAUCUUUUUUACAGAAUGAUUUUAAAUACAAAAAGAAUUCACAACUCCUUUUGAAGAAAUUUCCCCGCAAGAGCUAAACAAAUGCAUUCAAAAGGUUUAUUUGUCGGCAAGAAAAAGCGACGACCGCGGCCGUUCGGUCAUUGCGCGCCAAAAUGUAAUCGUUGGCAACAGUAAAUGACUUAAAAAUCAUUUUUUUGUGUUCAAUUAUCUCACUGUUUUAGUGUAUACUAAAAGAAUUAUUCACCUCAGUGUCAGUGGCUAGUGGUGUGGAUAUUUACCUCGCCGCUUCGCGGCCUCGGUAAAGAGUACCACUAGCCACCUCCACUUCGGUGAAUAAUUGUUAUUUAUUGUCUCUGUAGACUUAAGAGCUGAGAAGCGUAAGAAGUCCGCUGAGGAAGUCGACCCAAUGGACCCAGCAGCUUAUUCAGAUGCUCCAAAGUAUGAAGAAUCUAGUUUGUUGCGAUUUAUUUGGUUCAAAUAUCAUGUCGCUUUCAUACCAUCGACAUUUUCUCAAUUUUAUUUUAGCAGGGUAUCUCCCCUAAAGCGAGCCUAUUUAGACUGUCCAGUUUUUUUUUUUACGGAAUUCAAACUAUAGAAACUUCCUUCCAAAAUAUAUCGAUAACGCUCUCGUAGAUUCCGCUUUAACGUCUUGAACAUCGAGAUUGCAAUUGGAGGAAAAAACUCCAGCUAACGUUUUUUUAAAAAAAAAAAAUCCUCCCAGUACCGAGCAAUACGGUUGCUAUUAAAGAUUAGAGAAUGUCCUCAUUUCGUUGCUAUGACGACUCCGAUGUCAUCGUAACACUGAUCAUAAAAAAUUUUCUUCUUUAUCUAAUACAGCUGUGGUAGUUAUUUUUUCAAAUCUUUGUUUAUGUCGACGUAGUUUAUGCUCAAACUUGGAAGGCAUUGUCCCUGAAAAACCUGACCCAUCCAUCCAGCCACCUUGUACCUUCUCAAACUCUCUAAUAAUCUGAAGAGAAAACAAAGGAGAUCCCUACCGCUAAGGAAGUUUGCUUAUCAAGUUCUAUUUACUCCAAUUUUAUUUAAAUUUAGCUUUAAAUUUCUGCAAAAACUAUUCAUCAUUUAAGCAGCUAUAUCAUUCACUAGUUCAGGAGUGUUUCAUCCUGGCGAUAUCCAGAGUUAUCGAAGGUUAGGCUGACUUGAAAUAUGUCAGUAACAUCGUUAAGUGCGAAACUUUCAAAUGAAAACUACUGAAUAUAGUACAAGAUUGUUCCUCCAUAUUAGAAUGUACCUUCCCGUCUCACUGUUACGUUAAAUGUGUAUUGGUACCAACCAACUUCUUUGCAUUGCAUAAAAGUUGCUUCAGGCUCAAUGGAUAGUAAAAAAAUAUUUUGUUGUUGUUGUUUUAUGUUGUGACAUCUGUGUUGCAGGGGAACAUGGACGACUGGGUUAAUAAAGAAAGGAGAAGCUAAGACUGGUGUAGACACAACAGCCAAUGGACCACUGUUCCAAAUGAGACCAUAUCCUAGUCCUGGGGCAGUACUACGAGCCAAUCAACAACUGGCACAGAAAUCCGCAGUGGAAGCUAGUGAAUGAAUAUGAACUUAAAUAGCCAGCAAACUGAGCUGACGUACCGGAGAUCACCAUCACUUGAUAGGGCUGAGAGCGCUGCAAUACCAUUGCUCAUUGCAAAACAGUCAUCAUCGUACACUAGUUUUAAAAGCCACUUUGUCACAAGAAUCCGGAUGUUCAUCUUUUCUUUCGUCUUAAACGCUGUUAGAUUUGCCUACUAAAAAUUCAUCUUGAUAAUGCACUAAAUGAUUUUAAAACCGUGACUAAGGGAACCACGUGAAGACGUUUUUUCCUGGUAGACUUAUCCAGUGCGAAUGACAAAACCUGAAAGCACG